GUUCGUAUUGGUUGUUAUUCAGCAUUUUGGGGAGAUUCUACUGCAGCUGCAGUUCAAUUAGUUCAACAUGAAGGAGAGAACUUGGAUUAUCUUGUAGCAGAUUAUUUAGCUGAAAUUACAAUGGGUAUUCUUGCUGCUCGUCGUCAACGUCGUCUUAUGACUGGAAAAUUAGAUAAAGGCACCGACUACAUUGCUGAGUUUUUAACACUUGUAUUGAGUAAAAUUUUACCAGAUUUGAUCAAGAACGGUACAAAAGUGGUGACAAAUGCAGGUGGAUUAGAUCCUAUCGGUUGUAAGGAGGCCAUCGAGGCUCUAUUAGAAGAGUUGAAUAUACAAGGUGUAACAGUAGCAGCUGUUGUAGGGGAUGAUUUACUAAAGAGCAAUGAAGAAGGCGGCUAUCGUCACACCUCGUUGGCUACUAUGACUACUACCUUUAAUAACCAAAUUCACUCAUUUUCCCCUAUUUCAACCGUUGAUCAUACAAAGGAAGCAGAUCGAUUGCCUAGUAAAGACGAACCUAUUCUUUCAGUCAAUGCUUAUCUGGGCUCGCAUGCUAUCGCUGCUGCCUUGAAGGAGGGAGCUCAUAUCGUCGUGACAGGUCGUGUAGUUGAUUCUGCAUUAGUAGUAGGGCCCUUAAUGUAUGAGUAUGGUUGGGAAGAAGGUAAGACGGCAGAUUAUUAUGAUUUAUUAGCAUCAGCCUCUUUAUCGGGUCAUAUCAUUGAAUGUGGCUGUCAGGCUACAGGUGGUAAUUUCACAGACUGGCAUUUAGUGGCACAAUCGCCUUAUGGAGGUUAUUCAAAUAUGGGUUACCCUAUUAUUGAAUUUGAUCGUUCAGGUUCCUUUAUUGUAACAAAGCCUGUCAAGACAGGUGGCCUUGUAUCUCCUGCUACGGUUGCAGAACAACUCGUAUACGAAAUCUUGGAUCCCGCUCUCUAUUUAUUACCUGAUGUCAUCUUAGAUAUGCGUCAAGUCACAUUAUCUCAAGUGGGUCAUAAUCGUGUAUUAGUGAAAGGUGCUAAAGGUUUACAACCUACACCUUAUCUUAAAUGUUCAGGUAUCUUUUUAGACGGUUGGAAAUUGACAGGUGAAUUAUUAAUUGGUGGUGUGGAUGCGAGAAAGAAGGCAAUCGCUGUAGGGGAGGCCAUUCUUCAACGUGUUCGUAAUAUGUAUCAAGAAUUAGGUAUUCAAGAUUUCAGAAAUGUUAAUAUUGAGCCUAUCGGUGCUGAAUCCCUGUAUGGUCCAUAUUCAGCUACAAGUCAUACUCGUGAAGUUGUGUUAAGAUUAACAGCUCAUCAUGACGACCCUAAGGCUUUAGGUCUUGUUGCACUGGAAACGAUUCCUUCGGCUACAUGCAUGGCGCCUGGUAUUACGGGUGGUGGAUCUGGACGUCCAAAGGCUGUUCCCAACAUGGUCCAUUUCCCUCUCCUUAUUUCUAAAACUCAGAUCACCACAAGUUAUACUGUCGGUCCUCAUGGUAAGCUUAAAUCAAUUGAUUGGGGCUCCUGGGAUGGAAAUGAAACGUAUAGUCAACCAAGACCCAUACCACCACCAUCACCUAAUAAUGAUGAUGAACCAUCCUCCUCAUCUCUUGAUGAAGAAGGGAAACAAAAUAAAAGGGGGACUCAAUUGAUUAACGUAGCCUAUGGUCGAAGCGGUGAUAAAGGUGAUGUUUGUAAUAUUGGCAUUAUUGCUCGUGACCCUGCUUAUUGGCCAUAUAUCAAACGUUCAAUCACUGAAGAGGUGGUGGCGAAUUACAUGAAGCAUCUU